GUCGAAAUACACCGCCUUUUAAGUUUUUAACUCCUCGAACGUCAACAAUUUAAGUGGACUUGCCCAAUAUACUUCGAGACACUUGCCUGAACGAGCGCGAGACCAUUCCAAGAGGGUGAAACUCAUCGGCAGUUCCCCAAACUGUUGUUGUUUUGAUAAUUCUCAACCUUUUUUUCUUUUUUUCAAACAAUUGGCGCAUUCUUUUUGUGGAAAUGCUUGUUAAGUUCCAACAUUUAGAUGCUAAUUGCUUCCACAUAUUGGGUUCCUCAAGGAACUCACCCAGUACAGGAGUCUCAGUUUUUCCACUGGACCAAGUUGAGCUCAAUAACAAGAAACACAGAGAACAGAUAGUAGUUGAAUGCCCCAAUGGAGAAUUCAAAAGGGUCGGUGGAGUUCACAGACAGUCCCAUGAUAGAAGAACUGGUGUUGUUCAUGAACCUGGAGUGAAGAAACUGAGUGUGGUGAGAAACCCAGAUAGAAAACAGAGAGGGAGCACUUGGGAUAGCGGUAGAAUCGUGAAAAGGAGGAAUUUUGAGGUUGAGCUCAGGUCAGGGGGGGGAAAUGGAUUAUUGGAGAAAGUGCAUUCUAGAUGUUUGACGAAAUGGGUCAAUUACGGUGGAUGCAUACCGGCUAUAUUGAAAGCAUUGGAUACGGUUGAGGAUUUGGAUGAGGCUUUGAGGCCAUGGGAAGACACGAUUGGUAACAAGGAAAGGAGCAUAAUUUUAAAGGAGCAGCUGAGUUGGGUGAGGGCCUUGGAGAUUUUUGAGUGGUUCAAGAGAAAGGGUUGUUAUGAAUUGAAUGUGAUUCACUACAACAUUAUGCUUCGGAUUCUUGGGAAAGCACGAAAGUGGAGCCAUGUUGAGAGUUUGUGGGAUGAGAUGAAUGUUAAAGGAAUUGCACCAAUAAAUUCUACCUACGGAACUCUAAUUGAUGUUUAUAGCAAAGGCGGGCUCAAGGAACAAGCACUUCUUUGGCUUGAGAGAAUGAGCAACCAAGGGAUGGAACCCGAUGAGGUUACUAUGGGGACUGUUAUGCAGUUGUAUAAGAAAGCAGGAGAGUUUCGAAAAGCCGAGGACUUUUUCAAGAAGUGGUCAUUUAGUGAAUCUUUGAGGCAUGAGAAUGCUAGUGCUACAACUACUGCUGAAGUGGGUAGUGCUUUGCAACCUCGUGCUAGUUUGAGCUCACAUACGUAUAAUACAUUGAUAGACACAUUUGGGAAGGCUGGGCAACUUAAAGAAGCAUCUGAAACUUUUGCACAGAUGCUCAAGGAAGGUAUAGCUCCAAACACAGUGACUUUCAAUACAAUUAUUCACAUUUGUGGCAACCAUGGCCAACUAGAUGAGGUGGCCUCGCUGAUUCAGAAAAUGGAGGAGGUCCGAUGCCCACCUGACACAAGAACAUAUAAUAUUCUCAUUUUCCUCUGUGCUAGGCAUGAUAAUAUAAACAUGGCAGCAAACUACUUUGCAAAGAUGAAGGAGGCCUGCCUCGAGCCAGACCUUGUGAGUUACCGCACCCUCUUGUAUGCAUACUCCAUAAGGCAUAUGGUUGACCAAGCUGAAGACCUGAUAUCAGAGAUGGAUGGAAGGGGUCUUGAGAUUGAUGAGUACACCCAAUCAGCUCUGACUAGAAUGUAUAUAGAAGCUGGAAUGCUAGAGAAGUCAUGGUUAUGGUUCACGAGGUUUCAUCUUUCCGGGAGAAUGAGUUCUGAGUGCUAUUCUGCUAAUAUUGAUGCAUAUGGGGAGCGUGGCCAUAUUUUGGAAGCUGAAAAAGUUUUCAUUUGUUGCCAAGAACAGAAGAAGCUGACUGUCCUUCUGUUCAAUGUGAUGAUUAAAGCUUAUGGGAUAGGGAAGUGCUAUGAUAGAGCAUGUGAAUUGUUUGAUGGUAUGGGUGGCUAUGGUUUAGUUCCAGACAAAUGCAGCUAUAAUUCUUUAAUACAAAUUUUGGCUAGCGGCGACAUGCCACACAUAGCAAAACCCUAUCUGAGGAGGAUGCAGAAGGCAGGACUGGUAAGUGAUUGCAUCCCAUAUUGUUCUGUGAUAUCAGGCUUUGUAAAGUUAGGUCAAUUGGAAAUUGCAGAGGAACUAUAUCAGGAGAUGAUCAGAUUUAAUGUGCAGCCCGAUGUAAUUGUCUAUGGGGUACUGAUAAAUGCUUUUGCCGAUGCUGGAAGUGCUAAAGAAGCUAUCAGUUAUGUUGAUGCAAUGGAAAGGGCAGGUUUGCCUGGAAAUACGGUUAUAUAUAACUCCCUCAUCAAGCUUUAUACAAAAGUUGGCUACUUGAAAGAAGCAGAAGAAACAUACAAAAUGCUUCAAUCAUUAGAGGAGGGUCCGGCUAUAUAUUCUUCGAAUUGUAUGAUUCAUCUUUAUAGUGAGCGAUCUAUGGUUAAACAAGCAGAAGAGAUUUUUAACAGCUUGAAGAGAAAGAGGGAUGCAAAUGAAUUUACUUAUUCAAUGAUGUUGUGCAUGUAUAAGAGAAUUGGGAGGUUUGAGGAAGCCAUUGAAAUUGCAAAACAGAUGAGAGAACUGGGAGUUCUAACCGAUUUGUUGAGUUAUAAUAAUGUGCUUGGGUUGUAUGCAAUGGAUGGCAGAUUCAAGGAGGCAGUGGAAACCUUCAAUGAAAUGAUAAAGGCUGCUAUUCAUCCUGACAAUUGUACAUUCAAAUUACUUGGAGUUGUUCUGGUGAAGUGUGGGGUUCCAAAGCAAGCUGUUGGCAAGCUGGAAGCAACUAUGAAGAAGGAUGCUCAGAGUGGUUUGCAGGCAUGGAUGUCAACUCUCUCAUCUGUGGUUGGAGUGGAUGAUUAUGAUGACUUAUAAAUAUUUUAUCUUAGCAACCAGCGUUUUUACUAUGACAUAUCUGUUUUAAGGUUACAAGAUAAAGUUCAUUGAUGAAAUUCACAUGCUUACCUGGUUGAGAGCUUCUUGAAUGUAAUUCUUCACAAUUGUAAAGCUGAAAAAUCAAUGUGAAGUUGAAAAUGUCCAUCAUCCUGUAUUCAACAUAUAUUGUGCAGAUUUACCUGAAGGCAUUAGAAGGACCAGAAAGAAGUCCGACAAGAACAUGUGUUGAGGAUGUGAGGAAAAACACAGGGCCCUUUGCUUGUAGAACAAAUGGCCUCGUAUAGAGUUGAUUGCCUGAACAGUGUAUGUAUAAUAUAGCAAACCCGAGUAGUUAGAAUAUGGUUUUGUCGAGUUGAAUUGAACAUUUUGUAAAUUCACUUGUAUGAGAAGCCUGCGUGACAGGGAUAAUUAAGAAUGCCA